CCGCGUUAAAAUGAUUAAAGUCUGAUCUUGUCAUACACCUUCGCACACGACAUCGUUUUAUGCGAGUGGCACGCAUAUAAAAGGUGCUGUACGAGUACUUGUAGACUGCAAUAGCUGGUAACGACUGUCCAUCGAUAAUUCAUCAAUAAUUGUAUACAUAAUUAUAAUAAUUACUUAUUAAUUAUUAUUAUUAUUAUUAUACACGCGAUGGCGACGAUUACAUUGGUAGCUGCGUUGUUCGGUUGUCUUUUGCUACAUUCAUUUGCUCUUACUUCGACCGCCGCAAGACUGCCCGAUUCAGAUUUGCCGUUCGAGUUUAACCACGAAAAAGGAUCCAUAAUGACCGAUGACAAUGUUCUCACUCAAGCAGUGUCGAGUGACGGGCAAAAUGUAUUCAAAACGAACGAUCCACAGCCAAUAAAAAAAUAUCAAAAAGCUAAUACAAAUAACAAAAAGCCGUCUAAAAAUCAGAAUUUGAAUAGAAAACAACGAAUACAAAAUAAUGCAGCGAACGGUGCAAUCACUUAUCCUGCUGGGCAUUCGAGUACAUCGUAUUAUAGCACUUUCCCAACGAUGGAUGGGAGUAAUUUUUUUGAACAUUUCAGCAGAUUAAUUCCUGGAUUAUCCAAUAUGAGAAUUGAAUACAUUUGAAAACACAAAGCAGUGCAUUUAAAAUUUAUGAAUAUGACCAUGCAGAAUCACAGUUUAAUAGAAAAUUAUAUUAUUUUAUAAAAUAAUAAUAACCACGUAAAAAAUAUACACAAGUAAUUUUAUUUCAA